GUAUGUAUGUGUCCCUCACAGAGUUUCAGUCUUUAUUCCUGACAGACUGAAGGUGCAGAAACAUGAAGUGGAUCGUCCACCUCACUGUGGUUCUUCUGAACGUUCUCUGGGUCGCCUUCUUUUUAACAGAUCCUUUAGCAGUGUUUGUCCAGAGAAGAAGCUCCAACAGCUCUGAUGAGGAGAUGAAGGUCGGAGAGUUUUGUCUUCAGCCUCCAUCUGAUAAAAUGUGGACAUCAACUCCAGGACCAGCUGACGUCCCCACUGAUAAAACCAGAAUGACAUCGGAUGCAAACAGAGACAGGACCAACACACCCAAUGAAAGCCAGUCUGUCUCCAGAACCGCCACAGAACCAGACUACCUGAACUCAUCACAGCAGUCAGAUAUCAGAGCUCCGACAGCAGCAAGUGAACCUCCUUCCACUUCUUCCGCCAUCAGAGACUUGAAUGAGGCGACUACAGCUCCUCCAACUGUCCAGACAUCGACUUCCUCAGUGGUGAUUUCAGUGAUUUCUAACAGCACAUCAGAAGCUGCUCCUGUUCCAGCGACCGACUGUUCAACAGUUCCUGUCACACAAAGAAACAUACGGAAUGGACAGUAUCAUCGUUCUUGCUGCGUUGAAGUUUCCAGAAUGAGAAUACCACUGUCAGAGAUUACAAGAUACUAUAGAACCAUGCCCAGGCAUCCAUGUGUGCAGGCCGUUGUACUGAUUACCAAAAAUGGUAAACAAAUCUGUGCUGAUCCAAAUGAUAAAUGGACCCAGAGGACUGUGCAAUUCAUUGAUUUAACGCCAAAGAUUCAAGAAGCUUCGCAGUCUGACAGAUGUGCUUCGACUGUCAGAGACUUGACUGAGGUGACUACAGCUACUAUUCCUCUGCACAUUCUGACUUCCUCAGAGGUGACGUCAGAGCUGGAGGUGAUUUCUAGCAGCACCUCAGAAGCUGCUCCUGUUACAGCGACCGAAUCAUCAAAAACUCCUGUCACACAGAGAAAGAUACAGAACCAAUGGGAUAUUCGUCGUUGUCCUUGCAUUGUCUUUGCCAAAAGUGUACCAGUGUCAGGUAUUAAAGAAUACCGAUACCAUGAAGCCACACCUUGGUGUUCUCAAAACACCCUUAUACUGAUUACCAAAAGUGGUCAAGAAAUCUGUGUUGAUCCAGAUGACAGACGGUUCCAGAUGAUUAUGAAAUACAUUGAUUUACGAUCAAAGACUGAAGAAGCUUCGCAGUCUGACAGACGUGCUUCGACUGUCAGAGACUUGACUGAGGUGACUACAGCUACUAUUCCUCUGUAACGCGUACAAAAAAGGCAAAAAUAGACCAAAUUAACUAAAACAUAUAGUCAUGGAAAAAAUCAUUAGACCACCCUUGUUUUCUUCAAUGUCUUGUUCAUUUUAAUGUCUGGUACAACUAAAUGUACAUUUGUUUGGACAAAUAUAAUGAUAACAACAAAAAUAUCUCAUAAGAGUUUAAUUUCAGAGCUGAUAUCAGACAUUUCCCAUGGUUUUAUUGAUAAUAAUCAAAAUCACUUCAGUUCUUCCAUCAGUAUCUAUGGCAUUGUUCUGCCAAAAACAGCUUUUAGGAUUCCAUGUUUUCUUUUCUGUCUGUUUCAGUCCCACGAUCCACUCAGGAGUUAUUACUGAUUCAUAACCAUUGUUUUUGAUGACUGCAUCCAUGCGUCUUGGCUGCUCUCCACCAGCUUCUGACAUUUUUCUGCUGUCACAGCAGCCCAUUCCUGUUGCACUAAUUCUAACUAAUCUGCUUUGUUUUGGGGCUUGUGGUUCUCCAUUUUGCGUUUGAUGAUUUUCCAGAGGUUUUCAAUUGGUUUUAGAUCUGGUGAUUAAGCAGCCAAGACGUGAUUUAACUGAUCCAGUCAUUGGAGGCAGGAAAGAGUUUUCCAGCUGAUGGAAGAAGACUGUUUUCCAGAAUAGCCCCAAACAUGACCUGGUUCAUCUACCCCAGAUGGUCACUGAUCCACCCCCAUGUUUUACUGUAGGAGCAGACAGUCUGGUUUGUAGCUUCUCCAGGCUUCCUCCUAACCAGUAAGUUGGCUGGAGUGGACAUCAACUGAAAACUGGAUUCAUCCCUGAAGAGAACCUUAGUCCAAUCAUCAACAGUCCAAUCCUUGUGAUCCCAGUAAAGAGUAACCAGCUUUCCUCUGCCUUUCCUUGAUGAAGGAUUUCUUCCUGCCCUGUGUGACUUCAGACCAGCUUCAAGAAGUUGGUUUCCAACUGUCCUUGCUGAAUAAGUCCAAUUUCUCCACAGUGUUCACUCAUUUUUAAGGUCCUUGGAGGUCUGACGACGAUUCCUGACAGUAACGGAUGAGUGACGGUCAUCUGGUGGGUAGAAAAACUUUUCCUGCUGCAACCAGCUAGCAGUUUGGUAGAACCAUGUUGGGCUUGUUUUUUCUUGGAGAUCUUCCGUUUUUUGGCUAUCUGUCUCUCACCCAUGCCAAUUUCCAGCAGUCUGCCUUUGUGGCUUCACAUAAUUCUUUAGUUUUAGGCGUUAUGUGAGAGCUGACAACUUGUGAGUUGUGCUACAGCUUGAAUGUCAGCAGGAAACCACUCUAGGCCUUUACAUGUGCUGCUGAUGACAUGAAAUGUCCUCUUAUAGACCCUGGGAAUACAGUGAAGCUAAAGCAUGUCAUAUAAGACAUAAAGUAUUAUGGAAUCAGCUGCAUUUUUUGUUGUGUUCAUUGUAUUCUUCAGGUAAUCCACCUUUAGUGGUAUCAGGCAUGGAAAUGAACAAGAAACUGAAGAAAACAAGGGUGGUCAAAUAAUUUUUCCAUGACUGUGAGACAGCACAAAUAUCACAGUAAGUCUAAGUUAUGAACAUCCAACAAGCCUGUAGGUGUGAAUAUCUGUUUGUUUCCAGUGUGAUUUAUAGUUAUAGGGGGGCACUACUCUGUCCAUCUGUACUUUGUGAGCUUGUGUCUUAAGUGUGCUUUGAUAUGUGUUGCAUUUUAUUGUUGGAUUAUUGAUCUUAUCUAUCUAUCUAAGCCUCAAAAUGAUUCAUAUUCAUGUUAAGGUUUGAUUAGUAUGAAGAAGCCGGAGAAUAAUUCCCCCUAUAGCAGAAUGUUAAGGUGCAGUCAGACCAUUCUACACAGCACACGUUUGGCUAAGUGAGACUAGCACAUACAUAAUGAAUGCUAACGCUCAGAAUAUUGGAUGAUAAUAGCUUUUUAACCUUUUGUAUCCAAGCCUUAGCUGUAGAUUUCUGUUGUUUUGACUUCUGCAGGCCUUUUAGCCUUUUAUUCAUUUUAUUAUGAAUUUGUGAAUACAUGUGUGGUCAGAAGGUUAAAAAUUCUUUAAAAAAUACAUUUUGAAAAAUGAGCAUUAUAUCUUCUUAAAACUACAUUAUAGUAGGUUUUAAACCUUGUGUCAAAAAUGUAUUGCCUGCUUGUAUUUGCUCAAAUACAGAGAUAUUAAUAAAUAAUUUGCAAAUG